AUGAUACGCCCGACUAGAAGAGUCGGGCAACAAGCCAGUCUAUGGCUUUUGUUUGCGCUCCGCAUAAAAAAAUGUUUUCGACUUCGAUAUUUAUUAAUAACAUUAAUUAUUCUCAUUCUGUUAACAUAUUUACGCCUUAUUAAUCAUGCUCCCGUCGAUCCAUCGAUAUUGAACGACGCAUUGUCUGAUCAUCGACAACAGAAGAAUUCUUUAGACAAACUCCACUCAUUAAAAUGUAAUUUUGAUGAAACUGAAUCGCUACUUCGUUACAAAUCACCUCGAUCAUCACACACGGACAGUCGUCCAAGACCGACAAUCGAACGACUACGUAAGCUCUUUCAAAUGCUCAUUUCCUACGAAGACAAAUUUCGUCGUGUAUUCGAUCACCUCCAGAUCUUUCGUUUUACCGACAUGCACAAUACACUACGUCCAUACGCUAAUGAUACGCAACGUUUACAUAACAUUUAUUGUCUAUUACAACGAUAUACAACCAUAUCCGAUAGCGGUCAUAUCGACAUACAAUCAAGCUUUAUCAAUUAUUUAUCUCAAGUUUCGAGCUAUUUAGCGGAUGGUUUUGAUAACCAACAUUUGAGUUGGAAUACAACUUCAAUCGAUGAAAUUCGUAAACCGGUUAUUGUUCUUGGAUCGAAUGUUCAUUUUUUUAAUAUGCUACAAGCAUCCAUGCGGACUAUUGAUAAGUUUUUAAAAGAUCAUAACGUUGUUAUCUAUGAUCUAGGAUUCACUGCAAAUCAAGUAGAUAUGAUUACGGCAAAUUGUAAACGUUGUACAGUUAUUAAAUUUCCAUUUGAGGAAAUCAAAAGCGUAGCCGGUCAUGUUCAGAAUUUAGCCAAUUUUGCAUGGAAACCGAUUAUCAUUCAUGAUGCUGUGCGACGUUUUGGCUCUAUUAUUUACGGUGAUACAUCUGUUCGUUAUAAUACUUCACAUUUCACUCGAUUACUCAUUGAUAAUGAAAUCCGUGGCUUUUCAUGUCGGGAAUUACCUGGUCAUUAUCUACCAUGCUACACAUUAGAGAAAACAUUUACAUGGUUCAAUGAAACACCGUCGACGUUUGAUAACGUCUACAUCGCUGAAGCAGGCUUCGUUGCUGUCACAGAUAACUUCUUAUCACGCCUGGUACUGAAGACAUGGGUUACUUGUGCCCUUGAUCCAGAAUGUAUCGCACCAACUCAAUCAAAAUCAGUAUGCAAACAUCGCUCCAGUGCAGGGAACGUUCAUCGUUAUGAUCAAUCAGCAAUGGUAGUCGUACUUUCGUUCUAUUUCUUUCCAAGUUCACGAAAUGGUAGUACAAGUAAUCCAGCUCCGUACGAUAUGUAUGCUUCCAUUCAAGGUAAACUAGCAGAAGUUCGACGUGGUGAAGGCGAUCCAACCUAUUUUACUGUCCAUAAACCCUAG